GCCGUGACCGUUGUAAAGAAAAUUGGCGGCCUGGUUGAGUUCUCGAAUAUCCAGACGAAGAGUCUUCAUUCCUGUAAAACGUGGCUAAAACGCUCGUUAAUGAAUGUUUAUCUGACAUGAUAUGUGGAUAAAUGAUGAGCGCCCCAGCACUCAGUCUCACAAGGAAACCAAGCUUAACUCAAGAAAGAGAGAAACUCGAGAAAGACCAGCAAGAAGCCAUAGCAAAAGCUGUCAACAAUGUUGAAUCUGCUGUGAAAGAGAAGCACAUUAGAAGUGCAAUUAUUGGAACAUGGCAAGAGAAAGGAGCCUCCAUUUUCUGGAACUCCUUAGGGCACAUGCCCCUUCCAUCACAAGUCAUUAUGUGUUGGAAGGCCAUGCUGGUUAUCCACAAACUGUUAAGAGAAGGACACCCAAAUGCUCUGAAGGAAUCUCUUAAAUAUAAACAGAUGUUAAAGGAUAUGAAAGAAUUCUGGAAACAUUCAACCAAGGGAGGAUAUGGCUGGUUAAUUCAUACUUACCUUGCUGUACUGAUAGCAAAGCUGGACUUCCAUCAGAAGAAUGACUCGGUUCCUGGCACGCUCCACAACAGUGAUGGUGGACCACUCGUCUAUUCUGGAACCGAUGUUAAUGAUUAUUUUGAAUUGUCAGUGGAUAUCUUUGAUUACUUGGAUACAUUAGUAGAUCUUGAGAAAAGAAUCUUCAGCACACUAGACAGAUUCCGUGCAAAUUCCCAACUCCAGGCUGUGCAGUGUAGGAUUUGUCCAUUCCCUGUCAUAAUCCAGGUAACUAUUAAGUAAAUGAGGGAUUACUUCAAUAAUUUUCCAAAUAAAUUAUUUAAAUUCACUAGUUUACAAAAAAUGAAGGCAAUUUUUAAAUAAGUCGUUAUUUAAUUAAUAAUUACAUUUCCUACGUACGUGUAUUUUGAUUCAGAAACAAGACAAAACGAAACUUUUCUUGACCUCCCGAGGGGAACAUUGAAGUUGAGAGGAAACAAAACUCACUGUUUCCCGAGGGACUAGUUAUGAAGCGUUUUGUUAUACCUCCCUUAUACCUCCCUUAUACUCAAAAAUAGAAAAAAACUGUGAAGCAAUCAUUUCCUUGAUGCCCGCUGGCUCACACAUUUGCUGUGGUUUCAAGGAGCACAACCUGAUCACGUGCGAGUCAAAAUUUCAAGUUGUUGUUAGGGAGUUAGUGAGUUUUGACCCAAGACACGCAACAUGUCCUCCUCCAAUCGGAAAAUGUAUUUGAGUUGAGAGGUGAAACAAGGUUUUUAACAUCAAGUUUAAGAUGCAAUGCAUGUACUGUCUGUAUUGUACAUAACAUCUAUGCCAUUAUGAACUUAACAAAUAGAUUCCAUGUUGCCAUGUGUCCAUUCAGUAAUAGAUCACAGAU